AUGGCAUCAGCAUCAGACCUGGGAGAACUGGUAUCCAUCCCAGUUCACGAGAAAAUACCUCGUUUCAGUGGAUACCUCGGUGACAUUAGUAUCCAAGAUUGGUUCCAAGAAGCCGAAAGAAUAGCAAAAGGCAUUAAUUGGUCCAAAGAACAAAUGAAACGAUACUUCUCAGAAAGAUUUACAAAGUUGGCCCUUUCUUUCCAAGGAGAAAUCGAUGAUCCGAACUAUCCUCAUCCAGUAGUAUCGUACCAAGAAUGGAAGGAACUCAUCAUCCAGGAAUUUAAAGAUCCAACGGAAAAUCAAUACUUUAAAAAUGAACUCAACGAAAUCAAACAAAAACCCAAUGAACGAGUACGUGAUUUUCGUGCACGAAUCGAAAAAAAUUUUAUAAAAGGAUACGGUGAAAACAUGUUUCGCAGCAAAAACGAAACACUUGCUUCAGUUAGGGACGACAUAUUAAAGGCAGCUUUCGAAAAUGGACUUAAAAGUGAUUUACACGCCGGUUAUGAAAACAGAAUAACUGCUACAGCAACUUACGAUGUCGCCAUAGCAACUGCAACAGAAGUUGAAAGCAUCCUAACCAGAAAACACUCUUCGGCCAGAGCAUGGCAACCCGAUCUUAGUGCUAUAAAUCUCAGUCACGAGCUUUUAUCAUCCGACAUUGAGGACCUUAAACGAAAAUUCGAGGGACUCACCUGUUCUUCCGUGGAAACUUUACAGGAUAAAAGGAGCAAAUCAAAAGAUAGGCCGAUAGCAUCUACGCUUUCUUCAUCCGCAUCCAUUCCUUCUGGACUAUCUCUCAACGCAAAGGCUGUUCGCUUCUCACCCAAUGUAGGCGGCGAGGGAAUCCUUGGACGACGAUCACCUUCCGGCACAGAUUUUCCGACUAGCCCAUCAAGAUCAACAGGUCGACCACCAAGUCCUUACAACCGUCACAGAUUACGCAGCCCUUACGAUAGGAGCCGCUCUCCGAGCCUUCACACAAACCGACAUUCUCCUAUCCCUUACAAACGCCCACGAUCUCGGAGCCCUUUUCCAAACACGCGCUCCUCUACUCCUUAUCCCGGAGCCCGUUCUCCAAGUCCUUUUUAA